ACGAACAAUUCAUUCGAGCUAGCAACGCGUUGUGAGCGAUAGUUGUAAAAAUAAUUGUGCGAGAUUUGAUAAUUGCAGGCGGUUUCUAGCAAUCUUGUGUUAAAAAAAAUAACUAUGUAAGAAAAUUAAUACAAAAUGAGCCAAAAUCAGUUUUAUCAAUAUAUGUACAUAAAUAAUAACAUUUUGUAUCGGAAGGAUUUUCCUGUUCUACCAAAUUCAUUUAGGUACAUUGUGCAAAGAAAUAUUACUAUUUUGUCUUUCGCCCGAUUUUUGUAAAAAUUGUGUAAACAUUUUUGCGCACACACACAAAGGUUAAAAGUUAAAACAAAAAAAAAAACCUGAAAACGGUGAAGUAAGAAAGUAAUAAUUUGUAUUUUUGGUGAUUUGCUUAAUUUCGUCUAGUGCAAAUUAAUUACUGCAGUGUUCAUAUAAAUACUAAAACAAAAUAAAGCUAUACUUAAAAGUUUAGCUAAAAAUAACUAAAAUAUUUACAAUAAUUCAAUUGUCGUGGGUGUGCAAUACUUUUGAGACAUAACAAAGCUUCAACUGGCGACCAAAAAGUAUUCGCGAAAAUCCUCAAAAGCAAUCAAGGCGAAAAACAACAAAUAUAUCUUGAAAAACUGAAGCUGAAAGUAUUCAUCAGCUUAGUCCCGCAUUUUCCAACACCUCGUCAGUUUCAUUAAAGUCGUCACCAUUGCUCCUCAACCAGUAAGCAGUACAAUGAAUGGUCAAAGCUAUGAGCUGAACCAUACGAACGGUGAUAUCAUAUCACAGAAUCAGCAAAAGGGCUGGUGGACCAUUGGCCUGAUUAAUGGCGCACACAGGUAUAUGACAGCCGAAACUUUCGGCUUCAAGUUGAAUGCGAAUGGCGCCAGCCUCAAGAAGAAACAACUGUGGACAUUGGAGCCAUCGAAUACCGGCGAAAGUAUUAUAUAUUUACGAUCUCAUCUAAACAAAUAUCUAUCGGUCGACACGUUCGGCAAUGUACUCUGCGAGAGCGAUGAACGCGAUGCUGGCAGCCGCUUCCAGAUAAGCAUCAGCGAGGAUGGCACCGGACGAUGGGCGUUGAAGAAUGAAUCGCGUGGCUACUUCCUUGGCGGCACACCCGACAAACUCGUUUGCACCGCCAAAACGCCCAGCUCCAGCGAGUUCUGGACCGUGCAUCUGGCCGCCAGGCCACAAGUGAAUUUGCGCUCAAUCGGUCGCAAACGGUUCGCGCAUCUGUCCGAAUCACAAGACGAGAUACACGUCGAUGCGAAUAUUCCAUGGGGCGAGGAUACGCUCUUCACAUUGGAGUUCCGCGCUGAGGAGGGCGGACGUUAUGCUUUGCAUACAUGCAACAACAAGUAUUUAAAUGCUAACGGCAAACUGCAGACUGUUUGCAAUGAGGAUUGUCUCUUCAGCGCUGAAUAUCAUGGCGGACAUUUGGCGUUGCGUGACAAGCAAAGCCAGUAUCUAUCGCCAAUUGGCUCGAAAGCUGUGCUGAAAUCACGUUCCUCCACGGUGACACGUGAUGAGCUCUUCUCAUUAGAGGACUCCUUGCCACAAGCCUCAUUCAUAGCCGAGUUGAAUUCGCGUUAUGUGUCGGUGAAGCAGGGCGUCGAUGUGACCGCCAAUCAGGAUGAGGUGGGUGAGAACGAAACAUUCCAGCUGGAGUUUGACUGGUCCGCCCAUCGCUGGGCGUUGCGCACCACACAGGACCGCUACUGGUGUCUGUCCGCUGGCGGCGGCAUACAAGCCACCGGCAAUCGUCGCUGUGCCGAUGCGCUCUUCGAACUGGUCUGGCAUGGUGACGGCUCGUUGUCUUUCCGCGCGAAUAAUGGCAAGUUUUUGGCCACCAAACGUUCGGGACAUUUAUUCGCCACAUCCGAGAGCAUUGAGGAGAUCACGAAAUUCUACUUCUAUUUGAUAAAUAGACCCAUACUUGUACUUAAAUGUGAGCAGGGCUUUGUCGGCUACCGCACGCCCGGCAAUCUCAAGUUGGAAUGCAACAAGGCCACCUACGAGACGAUUUUGGUGGAGCGCGCCCAGAAGGGACUGGUGCACUUGAAGGCACACAGCGGCAAAUACUGGCGCAUAGACGGUGAAGGCAUCUCGGUGGAUGCGGAUGCGCCCGCCGAUGGCUUCUACUUGGAGCUGCGCGAGCCGACCAGAAUCUGCAUAAGAUCGCAAACUGGCAAAUAUUUGGGCGCCACGAAAAAUGGCGCAUUCAAGCUGCUCGACGAUGGCACCGACUCAGCCACACAGUGGGAAUUCUAAGCGACUUCAAGGCGCUUAAAUGAGCAGGGCGAUUGCUUAAUUGAUAAUACACUUUGUAUGCAAUUCAGAAGCAUGCAUGCACUCGAAAAUGGGAGAACGAAAAGUGAAGCAAACAAUGAAAAAUAGUUUGUCAAUAAGGAUCGUGGAAAAACUAGCGUUCACACACACACACACAUAAACAUACAUAUGCAUACAUUUAAGUAAAAGUGAGUCAAAAAAUUUAAAAAAAAAUCAACUAAAAAAGAAACGAGAAAACAAACGCAAACAAGUUAAAUAAUAAUGAAUUAAAAUAUUUAAAUAAAUCGCAUGCAAUUUUUACUGAAAUAUCAUGAGAUUGUGGCGAAACGAAGCAAACAAUACAAUUCAAUUGGAAAUUUUACAAGGCAAAUAAAUACAUCAAUAAUUAAUGUAGUAAUUAAAGUAAUUUGUAUGAAAACAAAAUGGUAAUAAUGCCCUUUUAAUGAAAACGCUUUUACAUACAUACUUACAAACAUAUAUACAUACAUAGAGCAUGCAUACAUAUUCACAGCAUAAUAUUUUUAUACCAUAACAGAAGUGGAAAAUAUUGCAUAUAAAACUAAAAUCUAUAAAAGUUAAUAUAAAAUUAAAACUAAAACAAAAAUAAAAACAACAAAACAAAUUGUCAACAAAAACAGGAAACGCACAAUUUUUUACAUACUUUUAUACAGCAACAAAAAUUCUAGCUUUUGUACCGUGCAAACAAAAAAACAACAACAAAAUAGUUAUAUAUAAAAUUUACACUGUCACGUGUAGGCAAGUAAGCGGCAAAUUGACAAGAAUUUUUAGUUUUGAAGAGGAUUUGAGUAUAUAUAUAUGUAUAUGCGCGCCCUAAAUUUUGAUUCGGUAAAAUUUUUCGAAAUCAAAGUGACUUCGAAAUCGACUGAUUUUGAUACUCUGAAACUAAUUUUCGAAUCUAAAAAAAAAAAUUUAAUAUUUUUAUCUCGCAAAUCGAAUUGUAGUCCAUAAAGUAAUAGGUAGGAAGUGGUGAGCUUAACAGAAGGCGGUUCCGAAAAAAUUAUCAAAUCGAAAUGUAUAAUAUACCAAUAUAUCCGUGGCAAACAGUAAAAGUAGCUUAAAGCGACUUAAAAUUUCGGCGUUUCGGCGUGUCGAUUAUGUGAGCAUGCGCUAAAAAAUGCACAGUGUCUCAUUGGAAAACAAAAUCAAACAACCAACAUAAACUGAUUUAACUAACAUACAUAUGUAUAACCACAGAUAUAUACUUUAAUACUCAAUUAUUUAACCUUUUUUAUUUAAGUCACUUGUCGAAAACUUUGCGCUGCACUUGUCUAGCGCUGCAGUGUGCCGAGUAAUAAAAAUGCCAAUUUUGUGAGUCCUUCCGUUGCAAAUCCUUUUUAAAAAGUUUAAAAAAAAUAUAUUAAAAAUUUACCUAUAUAAAUAAUAAGUAAAAAAAAAAAUUAUAUAAAAUCACUAAAAUUGAGAGUUUGGCAUUGGAAUUUGUAAAAUUAUUUAAGUAUUUUAUAUAAAAGAAAUCUAUAAGUCGCAAUUUUAUUAACAAUGCGUGAAUAUUUUAAAUGCUUUUUUAGCAAUUUUAAUCAGAAACUCCUCCAAUAUAUGUAUGCGUAUAUAUUCCUAUUAAAAAGCAUUACAAUCUACAUUUUAUAUAUCGAUUAUAUAUAAGUAAGUUAUAUGCGAAAUUCAUGCAAGCAUAAGUGAGGUUAUGCAUACGUGUACGUAUGUGUGAAAGCGCAGCACAGCAGGCUGGCAAUAAAAGUGAAUAAAUAGAAAUAAAAAUUAAAUAAAAAUAAAAUAAAAUGCGCGUAAAAAAAGAACGUAAUGCUGGCAACAAAAUUGUAUUAUAAUUUAAAAAAUAUAUAAACGCUAACACCGCAAAUACGUUCCAUAUGAUUUGAGAGGAGAAUUUGCAAUAUAUUAUUUGUUACUUGUGUCUGUUUCGUUUAUACACGAUUUUCUUUUUAGAAUUGUCAAAACAUUUUUUUUAAUAUUAAAUUACCGCUCAGCGCAGUUAUGCCAAGUUAUACACAUAUAUAUGUACCAUAUUUUGAAAAUCUUCAAAAACAUUUCAUUUCAUGCGCACUCUUAUAUUAUUAUUAUUGCUUUUUAUUUAUACAAAUUCCAACGAAUUUAUAAAUAUUACUUUAUAAUAUUUGUGUAAUUAUAUACCAGCAUAAAUAAAUACCCACAUCUACAUAUGUGCUCGUGUAUUUGUAGCCUUUUGAUUUUAAUACACAGCAUCAUUUCCUAAUAGUUUGUAAUUUCACUGCGUUGUUCAUGUCACUCAAUUAGGUUUUAAUCUACACAUACAUACAUACAUAUAUAUAAAUUUAUAUAAUAAUAAAUAUCUCUACUAUGAUUUCUAUUUAAAUGUCUUUACGAACACAUUUUGCGUUCAAUUUGUUCCAAGCACCACUUGUAUUUGCACAAAAUGCUGUGGCAAAGUGCAUGCAAUUAAAAUCUAUCAAAAUAAAUAUGUAUUUAUAAUUAGAAAUCAGAAACAAAAGUGGUUAUUUACAUAACAAGUAAAUAAGAAUUAAUGAAAGAGCAUUAUGUGAAACUAAACGCGAUAUCAAUAUCAAUAAAGGACACUUAUUAUAUCAUGUAUUCAUACUCUAAAAA